ACGACCUAUCUGACAUACUGCGUGCUGCAAAACUAUCCAUUCUUAUAUGCGCCAUGGAUUUGGCAUCUGCACAAAGCUCAAGCCAAGUUGACCAGCGCAGCGUCGCGCCAGCGACUGAGUCACCCUCUGGAGCCGGGAGCCCUUGGCCAAUGGAAAGAACACCUGGGUUGCUUGACGCUGAGCGUGCCCAUCGUCCUGUAGACGCCAGUUUUGUUAAGUCUUUCAAAAAAGCCGUCAUCAGCGCCGCUGCUCGUGACACAGCGUAUUUGACUGAUGCUACUGAGCUUGAUAAGAUAUCAUCCCAUCCAGACGCGCUACAGACAUAUUAUCCGCUUAUACUAUCACGCCAAUUACCUGCCCUACCACUGAACUCGGUGUCUCAUACGCUGUUGGAUACGUUCUUGACCCAAGGGCACCCUAAUAUGCCUCUAAUCCAUCACAUUCCACUCACUUCGCUUAGUCCAAGGGACAGAUCCGGGUAUCUGGCCUACAGCAUGGCUGUGAUUGGCCAAUUGAUUCAGGACAGAAACCUCGCCGCCGCUAAUUCGAUUUGGACUACUGCCAAUGUUCUCAUUGUAUUAGGACUUGAGGUUGAUAACCGUGAAGCUCGUAAUGUAGAGUUGCUCAACGCUUGGGCGCUCCUUGCGACAUAUGGUGCUACGUGUGCUGAUCCGGUCUUUUGGCAGCAGAUGAAUAUAACACAAGGCUAUGUAGGAACUGCUGCACGGCGGUUGUGUGGUGAUCUUACCGCUAUUAUUGAGUGGUAA